CGCCCUGCCGCGCCAGAUGAAAUCCCCGCCAUUGUGGAUUUCAUCAUGGCGGCCCGCGCCGACAUGUUUUCAAUGCUGGAUCCAUCCUUACACCUCCAAAAGGCUCAGCGUGAACUAGCCAACUUCCAGCAAAGCUAUCUGGAACAUCCCGACGGAGCCUUCUUCACAGCCCGAGUGGAUGGUCGCUUGAUUGCCACCGUCGGUUACGUCGCCUAUGACCAGCGUUUCCCCCAACUGGACUUUGGCCACGAACGGGUCGUCGAGGUGUUGAGGAUGUACGUCCACCCUGAUUGGCGCCGAACUGGAUUAGCUUCGAAAUUGUUCGCGGCUCUCGAGCAGAGAGCACGCCAAGAAGGCAUUCGGCGAAUGUAUCUGCAUACCCACCCGUUUUUACCGGGCUCCAUCAGCUUUUGGGAGCAGCAAGGCUUUUCCGUCGUCCACGUUGACGAUGAUCCUGUGUGGCGUACAACGCAUAUGAACCGAUUUCUUGCUGCUGGUGAACGGUAGCAAGCAGAUCUGCUAUCGACUGUCAUGAAAUCUUGAAAUGCUUCCACAAGGCUGUCUAUUAUUAGCCCGUCAUCAAUUUCCACCGCACGGCCCGCUUGAGGGCUGGUUCAACAAAACCACAGCUACUAUUGAGUAAAGGAUAAAAGGUCCUUGGUAAAGGAUCUCAUAUCUGAUCUCAGAAGGGCAGAGCAUUACUCUAUAGUGGUAGCGGGAAA